CUCUCUCUCUCUCUCCCCUUAACUGACUUUUUGUGUUUAUUAUGCUUUACUGCUAGCUAUUGGUCCACUUCUUGUUGGUUUUUGCCUUUACCCUGUACUUUGUUUGAUUCUUUGAGACUCUUAAGUACUCUUUUACUCAUUGCUUGCUCUUCUGUAAGACAGGUUUCUUCUUCUUCUUCUUCUUUUUGGGUUCUAUUUAUAGAUUCAUAACUUCAUAAGAGACUUUCAGUGGAAGAGAUUGAUGGAUAUGAUGGCAUCUACUUGCAGUUUCUGGGGUUUUUCUAUGUGAGAUCUAGUGGGGUAUGGCCAUUUUUUCGAGCUUUCUUCUUCUUCUUUUGGCUUGGAAUGUAAGUGAAGAAAAAGUUGCUGCUGAUAACUUAUAUAGCCUUUACACAUUCUACUUACUCCUUUUUUUUGGGAGUUUAUAGAGAUCAUAGGAUUCCUUGCUGCUUUAAACUUCUCAAUGGGUGAUCAAACUCAGUUUUUUUUCCUUUUUUUUGUGGUUUUUGUGAUUCAAAUUCUGGAAUCAAUGAUGGAGAGCAUGCUUUGCAGCACCAAUACUCCCAACAUAGAAUAUUAGAGACAGCUCUUGCAUCGGACUAUUAAACACUUAUGCUGUCUGAAAAUGAGAGUUGUUGCUUUGAGAUGUUCUUAGUUGGUAUCUACCUCUUAUGAUCUGUAUACUAAGCUUCAUCUCUGUUUUGUACUCUUCUUCUAAUAAGACCAGUUAGUUAUGUGUUUCUAGCUAAAAGCAGGUAUCUUUUUACUCUCAUUUGCUUCUUGUUGUAUUCAGGAAAAAUUCCCAUUUUGGCAUAUUAGGCUACAAAUUGAAUUUGCCUUUUUCCUUGUUAGGGUUUGUCUCUGGUGACAUUGACAUAGUGUUUCAAGCAAAUGAAACUCCAUAAUAGAUUUCAUUUAAGGAUUUUGUAAUGGACUAUGGCAUAUCUGGAUUUCGCGAUUUGGGGAUUCUUGGAUUUAAAUAGAUAUUGAUGUCAUUUAUUGCAAAUGGCUGAGUUUUUGCUUAGCUUAUGGUUAUAAUCAUUCUCUUAAUAUUUUUUGAUCUUUGCUUGUUGCAGAGUAGUCCUAACACUGUUCUUCCAUGUCGACAUUUUUCAGAUGCUGAAAACAAAAUCAUGAAAAGCAAACUUGCACAUAAAGAUGGUUUGUUGACAGUAAAGCAAGGCUUCACAGAGAUAAGUUUUCGUCGCUAUCGUAGUUCCUCGUGUAAGACUCCAACUAGAACUGUUGGUUUAGAAGGAAAUGUUGAGUUGAAGCGAGGUUCCGUUUAUCAAAACUCAACAGAGGUGAGGAAAAUGAAGAAUAUGGGAGUUAAUGAGGGAAGGAGAAAAAUUGAAUUGUCGCUAGAUAAUGAGAGUACUUUCUCCUUUAGCAUUGUUGAUUCUUUGUGUUGUUCAGAUGAAGAGAACACACAGAAGAGAUCCCCAAAAUUGUCUGUGAACUCAAGCUUGAAUCCAACAUCUGUUAGGAAGUCUUGCAUAGAACCAUGCUCAUCAGAAGGCUUCAUUGAAAUCUGUCCAAAUUUGGGUAAGAGAGAAAAACAAUCUUCUGGAACUGUAAGAUGUGAUUCAAUUGAGAAUCCAACUUUCAGAUGUGAGCAGGUUGCUGGUCCUGUAAAUGAUGCUAAUGAUAUGCUUGAAAACGACAUGGCCCUGACAUUCCAUAAGUCGCUUUCUGCUAAGCUAGAAAUGCCCCAUUCACCUUCUCCUUCAGAAAGUAGCUGCUCUUCUAGAGCCAGCUCAAAGUCCCGGUUUAGCCCCAUCAAGAAGAUGUUUGAUCCAUUUAUGAAAUCCAAGUCUUUAAGGAGUUCCUUGAGUUAUAUAGCAGAACAUGGUGAUGUCAAAACUACAGGGAUAUCAAAUGUGAGGAAUAAUCAAAUUACGAGGAAAUCUUUGACACAUGACUUUGCAAAUACAAUCGGGAAAUCAGAUAUUGGUUCUCCACUUGUCCGGAAUGGUCACAAUCUUUCAACUGUGGCAUGUUCACCAGUUCACCUGCAUGGUUGUCUCAAGUUGGAGAAUAAACAUGGGGUGCCAUAUUUCAAGUUCUCAUUGGAUUGCCCUGAAGAAGUUUUUGUGGCCAAGACGCGGAAGGAAAAUAAUGCUGUUAAUUGGGUGUACACAUUUCACUCCAUUUGCAAUAGAAAGAAGAGCAAUGUCAGUGGCUGGAGUUUGACUGAUAGCAACAAGGAGUCCUUGAUGGUUGGACAGAUGCAAGUUUCCUGCUAUUUAAACUCAGACUUAAACGAUGGUGGGGAUGUUGACAAUUCUAUGGUGAUGGAAUUUGUAUUAUAUGACAUUGCACAUGCGAGACAAAGUGUUUGUUCACAAGAUUCCCUUGAUAUUGUUAAAUCUCCCAAUUGUUCUAAAGCAGGCUAUGGUGGUGCAACUCAUGAAUUGGACAGUGGUUCUGAUGCAAUGAAAUUCAAACAUCAAACACAACGGGCGUCUUACAGCAACAACUCUGAUUCUUCUAGUCCUUACCCGACUGCACUUUUACAUUCAGACCUUGAAAUUGCAGCUAUUGUCAUUCAACUCCCAUUUGCGAAGAGAGAAAGCAUGAAAUGUAACAGGGGUAAUAGGAGUAAUGUUACAAUGCAUUCAAAUCUUCUCAACCACUCUACAGUUGGGCAAAGGAGAAAAGACUUCACGGACAGAGAAAAUCCAGACAAGUUGAAUGUGGUAAUUCCCACAGGAAAUCAUAGUUUGCCAAUUGAUGAAAGCCAGGGCCCUUCUUCUUUGCUUGAUAGAUGGAGAAUUGGUGGAGGCUGUGAUUGUGGUGGAUGGGAUAUGAGCUGUCCACUUACUGUUUUUGGCAGUCCUGGUAUCAGAUGUGCUGAAGAUAAACCACUCAUGGAUUAUCAGAAGCCUUUGGAACUUUUUGUUCAGGGAACAAAACAGAAAAUCCCAGCAUUGACCAUGAGAGCAGUUGAAGAAGGACAAUAUGCAGUUCAUUUCCAUGCACAACUAUCAACAUUACAAGCAUUUUCCAUUUGUGUUGCUGCAUUGCAUGGCAUUGAAGCCUCCAAUGCUAUAGGGAAGGAAAGAAGCAAGCAGUUGGCACAUGGAAGUUCACUGAAAGCACUUAUCGAAGAGGAAAUGCAGUUCUUAAUUGAAACAGUCACAGAGGAGGAAAAAAAGAAGGCCGCCUCCAAGAAGAUGGAAGAGAUCCAGCAGACUUAUGUGCUUAACCCUCCCUUUUCUCCGAUUGCUCGGGUAUAGACUAAAACCGGAUUGUUUCAUCAUGCAAAAUCGCUCGUGGAAGGACAGCAAGUGAAAGAAAUAUCUUUGAAAUCUCACUUAAGGAUCCCAACUGCUUCAAGUCUUGGCUUAGGUUGCCAGUUUUGGAGCAAGUUCUUAGUGCAGCCUUCAAUAGAGCAUGCUCCAUUGAACUGAAUGGUUCUGGAGCAAGAGCCAAAAUGGUGACCGCAUAUCAAGAUGAAAAAAUCCUUAGAUGUAGAAUUUGAUUUGUUGUUUCAUUUCUACCAGUAGGAAUACAAUAGAAAACACAUACUGUCCAUACUGUAAGUUGAUAGAAAGAGAAAAAUACCCAAUUCAAUUGUUGACAGAGAGGGGAUAUAUAGGGGAACCUAUACUUUUUUGUAUUAUAAUUAAUGGGUAUAAGGUGGUAAUUAGUAGUAUUAUGCAUCUCCAAAAUUAAUAAACAGUGCUUAAACCAUUGUUAUGAUCAA